AAUGGAGACAUGAAUCACCAGGCAUCAACGUGUGGCAAAAUCCUGAUAUUCCUAUCGGUGUGUCUGGUCAUAUUGACAUUACCCUUCAGUUUGUUUGUAUGUUUUAAGGUGGUCCAGGAAUAUGAACGGGCUGUUAUCUUUCGUUUAGGUCGUUUGAUGCAGGGUGGUGCCAAAGGACCCGGUAUAUUUUUCAUACUGCCCUGUAUAGAUUCAUAUGCCAGAGUGGAUUUACGUACAAGAACAUAUGAUGUACCACCACAAGAGGUUUUAACAAAGGACAGUGUUACUGUGUCAGUGGAUGCCGUUGUCUACUAUCGCGUCUCGAAUGCAACAGUCUCCAUAGCAAAUGUUGAAAAUGCACAUCAUUCGACAAGGCUGCUGGCGCAAACCACUCUUCGCAACACAAUGGGCACACAACACUUACACGAAAUUCUCAGCGAACGUAUGACAAUUUCCGACACCAUGCAGGUACAAUUGGAUGAAGCAACCGAUGCUUGGGGCAUUAAAGUGGAACGUGUUGAAAUUAAAGAUGUACGUCUACCCGUCCAAUUACAAAGAGCCAUGGCUGCCGAGGCAGAGGCAGCACGAGAAGCUCGUGCCAAAGUUAUUGCCGCCGAAGGUGAACAGAAAGCCUCAAGAGCAUUGAGGGAAGCCUCCGAAGUUAUUGGCGAUUCACCGGCAGCAUUACAGCUACGUUAUCUCCAGACAUUGAGUGCCAUUUCGGCUGAGAAGAAUUCAACCAUUGUAUUCCCGUUGCCAAUUGAUCUGAUAACGUAUUUCCUCAAGUCGAACGAUGCUGAUACAAUAAAAACCGCCGCCAAUACAGCCCAGGCCAUUGCUGACCGUGAAGCGGUUCCCGCACCAGUAAUUGUACCAUCGACAGUGGCUGGAGCUGCAUCGAUGAUGGCGGGUAUGGGUCCCAUACCGACAACAAGCAACAAUGUGAACAAUGUAAAUCAUGAGACCAAUGGCAUUGUUACUGCAGCUAUGUAA